AUGGGAAAUAUCGUAGCUGAAGAGGACCCAGCACCGUGUGCGUUCUCAGGGAAUGGACGCCAGUGUACCGCCAAUGGCACAGAGUGUAGGAGUGGCUGGGUUGGCCCAAACGGAGGCAUCACCAACUUUGAUAACUUUGCCUUUGCCAUGCUCACUGUGUUUCAGUGCAUCACUAUGGAAGGCUGGACAGACGUGCUCUACUGGAUGGAGAUGCCAUUCCAGAGCUCCUUUGGGCAGCGCUGCAUCCUCCCCAUCCCACAGAUACCCCAGAAAGGGGAAGAGUUCUCAAAGGAAAGAGAGAAGGCUAAAGCGCGGGGAGAUUUCCAGAAGCUCCGGGAGAAGCAGCAGCUAGAAGAGGAUCUGAAGGGCUACUUGGAUUGGAUCACUCAAGCAGAAGAUAUUGAUCCUGAGAACGAGGAGGAAGGCGGAGAGGAGAGCAAACGCAAUACCAGCAUGCCCACCAGCGAAACCGAGUCUGUGAACACAGAGAACGUGAAUGGAGAAGGCGAGAGCCAAGGCUGCUGUGGAAGUCUCUGGUGCUGGUGGAGAAGAAGAGGCGCGGCCAGGGCUGGGCCUUCUGGGUGUCGGCGGUGGGGUCAAGCCAUCUCAAAAUCCAAGCUCAGCCGCCGCUGGCGUCGCUGGAACCGAUUUAACCGCAGAAGGUGCAGAGCUGCUGUGAAGUCUGUCUCGUUUUACUGGCUGGUCAUCGUCCUGGUGUUUCUCAACACCUUAACCAUUUCCUCGGAGCACUACAACCAGCCUGACUGGUUGACGCAGAUUCAAGAUAUCGCUAACAAAGUCCUCUUGGCUCUGUUCACCUGUGAGAUGCUGGUAAAAAUGUACAGCUUGGGUCUCCAGGCGUAUUUCGUCUCUCUUUUUAAUCGGUUUGAUUGCUUCGUGGUGUGUGGCGGAAUUACUGAGACGAUCUUGGUGGAACUGGAAAUCAUGUCUCCCCUGGGGAUUUCUGUGUUUCGGUGUGUGCGUCUCUUGAGAAUUUUCAAAGUGACCAGGCACUGGACUUCCCUGAGCAACUUAGUGGCAUCUUUGUUAAACUCCAUGAAGUCCAUCGCUUCGCUGUUGCUUCUGCUUUUUCUCUUCAUCAUCAUCUUUUCCUUGCUUGGAAUGCAGCUGUUUGGCGGCAAGUUUAAUUUUGACGAAACGCAAACCAAGCGAAGCACCUUUGACAAUUUCCCUCAAGCACUUCUCACAGUGUUCCAGAUUCUGACAGGUGAAGACUGGAAUGCUGUGAUGUAUGAUGGCAUUAUGGCGUAUGGGGGCCCGUCAUCUUCGGGAAUGAUCGUCUGCAUCUACUUCAUCAUCCUCUUCAUUUGCGGUAACUAUAUUCUACUGAAUGUCUUCUUGGCCAUCGCUGUAGACAAUUUGGCUGAUGCUGAAAGUUUGAAUACUGCUCAGAAAGAGGAAGCUGAAGAAAAGGAGAGGAAAAAGAUUGCCAGAAAAGAGAGCCUGGAAAAUAAAAAGACCAACAAACCAGAAGUCAACCAGAUAGCCAACAGUGACAACAAGGUUACAAUCGAUGACUACCGAGAAGAGGAUGAGGACAAGGACCCAUACCCGCCUUGUGAUGUGCCAGUAGGUGAAGAGGAAGAGGAGGAGGAGGAGGAUGAACCUGAGGUUCCAGCUGGCCCCCGUCCUCGCAGAAUCUCGGAGUUGAACAUGAAGGAGAAAAUCGCUCCCAUUCCUGAAGGGAGCGCUUUCUUCAUUCUUAGCAAGACCAACCCGAUCCGCGUGGGCUGCCACAAGCUCAUCAACCACCACAUCUUCACCAACCUCAUCCUCGUCUUCAUCAUGCUGAGCAGUGCCGCCCUCGCCGCCGAGGACCCCAUCCGCAGCCACUCCUUCCGCAACACUAUACUGGGUUACUUUGACUAUGCUUUCACAGCCAUCUUUACUGUUGAAAUCCUGUUAAAGAUGACAACCUUUGGAGCUUUCCUCCACAAAGGGGCUUUCUGCAGGAACUACUUCAAUUUGCUGGAUAUGCUGGUUGUUGGAGUGUCUCUGGUGUCAUUUGGGAUCCAAUCCAGUGCCAUCUCUGUUGUGAAGAUUCUGAGGGUCUUAAGGGUCCUGAGACCGCUCAGGGCAAUCAACAGAGCAAAAGGACUUAAGCACGUCGUCCAGUGCGUCUUUGUGGCCAUCCGGACAAUUGGCAACAUCAUGAUCGUCACCACCCUCCUCCAGUUCAUGUUUGCCUGCAUUGGGGUCCAGUUGUUCAAGGGAAAGUUCUAUCGCUGCACAGAUGAAGCCAAAAGUAACCCGGAAGAAUGCAGGGGGCUCUUCAUCCUCUACAAGGAUGGGGAUGUUGAUAACCCUGUGGUCCGUGAGAGGAUCUGGCAAAAUAGUGAUUUCAACUUUGACAACGUCCUGUCUGCUAUGAUGGCGCUUUUCACGGUCUCCACAUUUGAGGGCUGGCCUGCGUUGCUGUAUAAAGCCAUCGACUCGAAUGGAGAGAAUGUCGGCCCAGUCUACAACUACCGUGUGGAGAUCUCCAUCUUCUUCAUCAUCUACAUCAUCAUCGUAGCCUUCUUCAUGAUGAACAUCUUUGUGGGCUUCGUCAUCGUCACAUUUCAGGAGCAGGGAGAGAAAGAGUAUAAGAACUGUGAGCUGGACAAAAAUCAGCGUCAAUGUGUCGAAUACGCCUUGAAAGCACGUCCCCUGCGGAGAUACAUCCCCAAAAACCCCUACCAGUACAAGUUCUGGUACGUGGUGAACUCCUCGCCUUUCGAAUACAUGAUGUUUGUCCUCAUCAUGCUCAACACACUCUGCUUGGCCAUGCAGCACUAUGAGCAGUCCAAGAUGUUCAAUGACGCCAUGGACAUUCUGAACAUGGUCUUCACUGGGGUGUUCACUGUCGAGAUGGUUUUGAAAGUCAUUGCAUUUAAACCUAAGGGGUAUUUUAGUGACGCCUGGAACACGUUUGACUCCCUCAUCGUAAUCGGCAGCAUUAUAGAUGUGGCCCUCAGCGAAGCUGACAACUCUGAAGAGAGCAAUAGAAUCUCCAUCACCUUUUUCCGUCUUUUCCGAGUGAUGCGAUUGGUGAAGCUUCUCAGCAGGGGGGAAGGCAUCCGGACAUUGCUGUGGACUUUUAUUAAGUCCUUUCAGGCGCUCCCAUAUGUCGCCCUUCUCAUAGCCAUGUUGUUCUUCAUCUAUGCAGUUAUCGGCAUGCAGAUGUUUGGGAAAGUUGCCAUGAGAGAUAACAACCAGAUCAACAGGAACAACAAUUUCCAGACCUUUCCGCAGGCGGUGCUGCUGCUCUUCAGGUGUGCGACAGGUGAGGCCUGGCAGGAAAUUAUGCUGGCCUGCCUCCCGGGAAAGCUCUGCGACCCGGAGUCGGAUUACAACCCCGGGGAGGAAUACACGUGUGGGAGCAACUUUGCCAUUGUUUAUUUCAUCAGUUUUUACAUGCUCUGCGCAUUUCUGAUCAUCAAUCUGUUUGUGGCUGUCAUCAUGGAUAAUUUUGAUUAUCUGACCCGGGACUGGUCUAUUCUGGGGCCUCACCAUUUAGACGAAUUCAAAAGAAUAUGGUCAGAAUAUGACCCUGAGGCAAAGGGGAGGAUCAAGCACCUUGAUGUGGUCACUCUGCUCCGACGCAUCCAGCCUCCCCUGGGGUUUGGGAAAUUGUGCCCACACAGAGUAGCUUGUAAGAGACUCGUUGCCAUGAACAUGCCUCUCAACAGUGAUGGGACAGUCAUGUUUAAUGCAACCCUCUUUGCUUUGGUUCGAACGGCUCUUAAAAUCAAGACUGAAGGGAACCUGGAGCAAGCUAAUGAAGAACUCCGAGCUGUGAUAAAGAAAAUCUGGAAGAAAACCAGCAUGAAACUACUUGACCAAGUCGUCCCUCCAGCUGGUGAUGAUGAGGUAACCGUGGGGAAGUUCUAUGCCACUUUCCUGAUACAGGACUACUUUAGGAAAUUCAAGAAACGGAAAGAACAAGGACUGGUGGGAAAGUACCCUGCGAAGAACACCACCAUUGCCCUACAGGCGGGAUUAAGGACACUGCAUGACAUUGGGCCCGAAAUCCGGCGUGCUAUAUCAUGUGAUUUGCAAGAUGAUGAGCCCGAGGAAACAAAACGAGAAGAAGAAGAAGAUGUAUUCAAAAGAAAUGGUGCCCUGCUUGGAAACCAUGUCAAUCAUGUUAAUAGUGAUAGGAGAGAUUCCCUUCAGCAGACCAAUACCACCCACCGUCCCCUGCAUGUCCAAAGGCCUUCAAUUCCACCUGCAAGUGAUACUGAGAAACCGCUGUUUCCUCCAGCAGGAAAUUCGGUGUGUCAUAACCAUCAUAACCAUAAUUCCAUAGGAAAGCAAGUUCCCAGCUCAACAAAUGCCAAUCUCAAUAAUGCCAAUAUGUCCAAAGCUGCCCCUGGAAAGCGGCCCAGCAUUGGGAACCUUGAGCAUGUGUCUGAAAAUGGGCAUCAUUCCUCCCACAAGCAUGACCGUGAGCCUCAAAGAAGGUCCAGUAUUAAAAGAACCCGCUAUUAUGAAACUUACAUUAGGUCUGACUCAGGAGAUGAGCAGUUCCCAACUAUCUGCCAGGAAGACCCAGAGAUUCACGGCUACUUCCGGGACCCCCGCUGCUGGGGGGAGCAGGAGUAUUUCAGUGGUGAGGAGUACUACGAGGAUGACAGCUCGCCAACCUGGAGUAGGCAAAACUAUGGCUACUACAACCGAUAUCCAGGCAGCAACUUGGACUUCGAGCGGCCUCGAGGCUACCAUCACCCCCAAGGCUUCUUAGAGGACGAUGACUCACCCGUUUGCUACGAUUCCCGGAGAUCUCCAAGGAGACGCCUACUACCUCCCACCCCAACAUCCCACCGGAGGUCCUCCUUCAACUUCGAGUGCCUGCGCAGGCAGAGCAGCCAGGAGGAGGUCCCGCCAUCCCCCGCCUUCCCCCACCGCACGGCCCUGCCUCUGCACCUGAUGCAGCAACAGAUCAUGGCAGUUGCAGGCCUAGAUUCAACUAAAGCCCAGAAGUACUCGCCGAGCCACUCAACCAGGUCAUGGGCCACCCCUCCAGCGACCCCCCCAUACCGGGACUGGACGCUGUGCUACACCCCCCUGAUCCAGGUCGAGCGGUCGGAGGCCCUGGACCAGGUCAACGGCAGCCUGCCAUCCCUGCACCGCAGCUCAUGGUACACGGAUGAGCCUGGCAUCUCCUAUCGGACUUUCACACCAGCCAGCCUGACUGUCCCCAGCAGCUUCCGCAACAAAAACAGUGACAAGCAGAGGAGCGCAGACAGCUUGGUGGAGGCCGUCCUGAUAUCCGAAGGCUUAGGACGGUAUGCAAGGGACCCAAAGUUCGUGUCGGCGACAAAACACGAAAUCGCCGAUGCCUGUGACCUAACCAUCGACGAGAUGGAGAGUGCAGCCAGCAACCUGCUUAACGGGAACGUGCAUCCCCGGGCCAAUGGGGACGUGGGCUCCGGCGCACACCGGCAGGACUAUGAGCUCCAGGACUUCGGGCCGGGCUACAGUGACGAAGAGCCGGACCCCGGGAGAGAUGAGGAGGACCUGGCAGAUGAAAUGAUAUGCAUCACUACCCUGUAGCCCCCAGGAGGGGCGGACUGACUCUGGCCUCAGGUGGGGCGCCGGAGGGCCAGGGAAAAAGUGCCUCGUAGUUAGGAAAGUUUAGGCACUAGUGUGGAGUCCAUGUUCAAUUAGACUUUUGUACAAGUGAUGUCAUGCCUCAAGGAAGCCAUAAACCUGGUAGGGAACAGCCGUGCACACGUGUCCAGCCCCAGCUGCGGGAAAGGGCAGGUUCAGCCCUCUCGGAGAGGACCUGCGAGGAGGUCGGACGAGCCCCGCCCGCUCGUCCAGAGCGCACCUGGGGCACUCACCCACGCCCACCUGCCUGCAAGCACGGUGGGGAAGGUUACAGGUGAUGACGAUCACCAUACCUGUGUCAUUACCUCAGCCAUCGGUCUAGCAUAUCAGACAUUCACUGGGCCCAGCAUAUCCAUUUUUACACCCUUUCCCCCAAAAUACACUGCUUCCUGGUUCCUGUUUAGCUGUUCUGAAAUACAGUGUGUAAGUCAGGAGCUACCUACCAGCCGUCAUCCUGAAAGGGAGCAGAACCCUUCUGUUACGUGACGCCAGUUUACAUGAGAGAGCAUCGCUCCGACGGUCAGUGUCUGACCGUCAGGCUAAGGGCAAUUGUAAACUGGAAUAAUAAUGCACUCGCAACCAGGUAAACUUAGAUACGCUAGUUUGUUUAAAAAUUAUAGAUUUACUGUACAUGACUUGUAAUAUACUAUAAUUUGUAUUUGUAAAGAGAUGGUCUAUAUUUUGUAAUUAUUGUACCGUAUUUGAACUGCAGCAAUAUCCAUGGGUCCUAAUAAUUGUAGUUCCCCACUGAAAUCUAGAAAUUAUUAGUAUUUUUACUUGGGCUAUCCAGAAGUAGAAGAAAUAGAGCCAAUUCUCAUUUAGUCAGUGAAAAUCUUUUGGGGGUACAAUUUUAAGUUCAAAAGAACUUGACACUACAGAGAUUUUUCUAAAAUAUUUUGAGUCACUAUGAGCCUAUCUUUACACAAGGUAUACCAGAUGACUCUUCGCGGUCUUGUCUUUGGGUGCAAGUUCUAUGAUUUGAUAUUGUACCUUUUGAUCCACCAUGGGUUGCAACUGUCUUUUUUCCCCUGCUAACCCUCUGAAAAGUUCAUGACAAAGGAGGUCAAGCUGGUUGCUCUGACCCUAUGGCAUUCACAGUUCUGGUUUUCUCAGCUGCCCCCACAGGACAUUUUUGCAUUUCUGGUACAGAAACCAUCGCAAAGAUGAACGAAGUCCCUUUGCUCUUAUCCCCUGGGGACUAGGAGUGCUGGAGAAGGGGCGGGGGGACGGAGGGAGCAAAGUGAAGAUCUGCAGGAUUAGAAUGUCGGGGUCUGUACAAAUCGUAUUGCUGCCUUUUUAUAAAACAUUUGCUGUACUGUGUGUUCUCUCUGAGGGCUUUUAUAUGCAAUUGAAUGAGGGCUGAAGUUUUCAUUAGAAUGCACUCACAUGCUGAUUGUACUUCCCGAUGGAAACCCCACUUUUGGAUCAUUAGACUUGUCAAGGCUUCCUUUUCUGUUCA